AUGUUCCCGACGCACUGUGUGAGGGGAUGGAUGUUGAUGACAGUCCUCGGCCUCCUGCUGCCGCCUGUGUGGAGUGCAGUGAAAGUGAUCCAGCCUUACAGAGCGGUGGGCAUCAAUGGCACCGCUCAGGUCCAGUGCUUCAUCCACCCUCAACCGUCCAACCACAUCCAAGCCUCUGACGUAUACCCGUACCCCGACCCCGAGGAGGUUCGCGUGGCUCUGCUGGUGGGUCUCCACGGCAACCGGGAACUUUGUUCAUCCGUUGUCAACCUCACCAAGCACGGAGGGACAGGAGAGAAGAAGGACAGAGAGGUGCAGUGCUCCGUUCAGGUGAUAGAGGGCGCAAUGGAGGUGACAGUGUCUGGUCUCAAAGCCACAGACACAGAGUUGUACCGCUGUCAGAUAGAGGUCCUCUACCCGCCACCAUACCUGCGGCUCACCGGCAACGGCACACUCGUUCAUGUCUUAGGUGACUCUGACUGUCCUAUGCAGGAGCUUCAGAGAGCGUUGGCUCACCGGCGUGAUGAAGGAGAGGAGGGUGAGGGUGGUGAGAUGAAUGCUUCACUCAGUGCUCCUGUGGUAGUGCUGGUGACACUCGUCAUGUUUGUCCUCAUCAUCAUUAUUUACUUCCAGACAAUCCAGUGUCGACAAGGGAGGAGAGAGACAGUACAGACCAUCUCGGGUGGACACUGUUGA